AUUUGCAGAUAUUGUCAAAACAAGAUUUAAAUCUUGGUUUUUUCCAUAUUUUAUUGCAUAAUUUUUUAAAAUCACACUACCUUCUAUUUAGCAAGCCAGAUACACAAUACUUAAAAGGGUUGCUAUCAAGUAAAAUCACUGAUUUAUUUUGUAACAAAGGGCUUUACAAAUUUACAAUUUGUACCAGUUGUAUCAGUUGUCAUAUACAUUGUUUUUCUUCAGCGUAAGUUUCCCACAGUACUGGAAACUGAACACAAACAAACUCAGGGGAAUUAAGAAAAACAAAAUUCACUCGACUGUUUCCCUCCCAAAACAAAACCUUUGAAAGAAGCAAACAACCUAAUAGCCGAGUCCUCUCGGAUUCAGCCGGCUACCACUGUGACCUGGGGCUAAUGUUACACAGGCUUCACAGUAACCUUGAAGUCCCGGGCACUGCUUUGGGCACCGGACAGUCGGGAUGCCACACACUCUGUCCUUCCAUCACCGGCCACACCAUAAUGAGGAUUACGAGAAGAUUUAAAAAGGAAAAGGUGAAUAUUGUGAUGGAAGCGUGACAGGCCCCCUCCCGUGUAACCCUCUCGGCGUGGCCGUGGGCAGGCUGCUUGCGUGGUUUUCACUUUGGGGCGGCUGGCAGGACUUUGUGUCUGGGUGCGAGAGGGCAAAGCAGGGGACCCCCGACCGCCGCCUCCUGCAGCCGUGCCCGAACACAUCCAUGGAAUGCCAUCAGCAACGUGGAUCUGCGGAGCCCCGGGUAAACAACGAGGUUACCUAAGCCCUGGCACGGAAGAAGGCUCGGAACCCCAGACUGGCCUUACUACACGAUUGCCAAAAGCUGGAGAAACAAUCCUUGGACAUAAGUUUUUUGUUGGUUUUGGUGGGAAAGGAGCCAACCAGUGUGUCCAGUCUGCUCGACUUGGGGCCAACACCUCACUGAUCUGCAAGGUUGGGAGUGAUUCCUUUGGCAAUGAUUAUGUUGAUAAUUUGAAGAAGAAUGGAAUUUCUACAGCAUUUGUAGGUCAAACUACAGAUGCUGCUACUGGAACUGCUUCAAUAAUUGUCAACAGUGAAGGACAGAAUGUUAUUGUCAUAGUCCCAGGAGCCAACCUGCUUUUAAAUUUUGAAGACCUGAAGAGGGCUUCUGAUGUCAUCUGUAAAGCCAAAGUGGUUGUUUGCCAGCUAGAAAUAACCCCUGCUGUUUCUCUUGAAGCUCUGAAAAUGGCACGUGCCAGUGGAGUAAAGACUUUGUUUAAUCCAGCUCCAGCACUUGCUGACCUAGACCCACAGUUUUAUACCUAUUCUGAUAUCUUCUGCUGCAAUGAAACUGAGGCAGAAAUUUUAACGGGCAUCCCAGUUGGCAACCUUGAAGAUGCUGAAAAGGUGGGACGCAUGCUGUUAGAAAGAGGGUGUAAGCUCGUAAUUGUUACUCUUGGAGCAGAAGGCUGCAUGAUGAUAUCAGGAGACGAAGCCAUUCCAAAGCACGUUCCUGCUGGGAAGGUCAGGGCUGUGGACACUACGGGCGCUGGAGACAGUUUUGUGGGAGCACUGGCAUUCUACCUGGCCUACUAUCCCAACUUAUCCAUGGAGGAAAUGAUCAGGAAGUCUAACUGCGUCGCAUCAGUGAGCGUCCAGGCACCGGGGACACAAUCUUCAUAUCCUUACAGGAAGGACUUGCCUCAGGACCUUUUCUAAUUGAUUGUCUAGCUUGCUGUACUGAUUUUAUCUCAUACCAGACAGCAUUAUUCUCCUGACUGAACUGAGGUUCUGGAAAAGCCAACAGAGUCUCUGCUUCUCAUUUCAGGAAUCCUGUGUGUUCCUGUUCUACUGCAGUAAGAUGGGGUGCGGGUGGUGGGUCUUUCAAACACAGCUCAGCAGGUCUCUCUGGCCCCACAGUGUGCUCUAUUGAACUACAUGAAGUUUACAGAAAAACACCUGGAGGGUAUUGGGCUCCUGACAGAAUUUGUACUUGAUUUUAUCAGAACUGCUUGUGUGAAAUGGGAGCACAUGAAGCAGGGGGACUACACCUUGUAGCUUUGGGACUACACCUUCAGUGCUCAAACACCAGGGCCGGUGUUUGGCUCACAACAAAGCCCCAAACAUCGAGCCUGUGCCCACCUUUGCCCACGUGCCUCAGGUGUGGCACUGCACUCUGUGCUUCCCACACUCAGGCAGGUCCCUCCAACUGCAAACAGGACAGGACUGCUACUGAGGUAGACUUUGAAAAAUGUUUCUAGCCACAUUGCUCUAAACACAGGCAAGCUAAUUAAGGAAGAAAAGCUUACAAGAACAUCAGGGAACUACCUUGUCUGUUUUCUUCAUGUUUGACAAAAACCCAGGAAUGAAAAAUCCAUCCUACUAACCUGGCUGAAAAUAAUACAGGCCUUUAACCUGGUUAAUAGCUUCUCCAAAAACUCAUCUAGGUUCCCAUUCCUUCUUUCCUCAGAAGGAGCUGGUGCAACAUUACCCCUCCAAGUAAUGACACCAGCUCGUGGUCACUACUGUCGCAUCUGUGGCUGGUAGGUUAGAAAAACUUGCAAUCCUGCCAUUGAAUUCCUGCUGUGGAAAAUGUUAAUUUUUAUUGCUUUAUAAAACAAUAGUUCCUUUGAAGAUUACAGCCUCUUUCACAAUAGAAAACACAGACAAUGGGAUUUGCUAUUUAAUUUUUUUUAAUUGAGCACUGUAAAAAUAACUCAAAAGAUAAAUAAAUGUUACUGUGAUGAUCUA